ACUCGACUGCCCCCUUGUUCAAGUUUCACUUACAUAAGGUCUGGAAGUCGAUUCAGUCAGAGGCUUUUCUCCCUUUUGUUGCCAAUCACUCACUCACUCACUCAUCAACUCAACACCAAUACUUCACUUCAACAAUCAUCUACACAACACUACGACGCAACAAACCGACCAUGAAACCAUCAAUUCUUCUCACCCUAACGGCCACAGCCGCCACAACCUCGGCCUUCACCCUUCCCUUCAAGUUCCGGCGGGACACCGUUUCAACCGAGGCCUCUAACACCACCCCCAACCACCGGCUCCUCCACAGCCCACCCGCCAACGUGGUCGGUAACGCCAGAGGCCGCAUCAAGGCCGCGUCCACCAUCAAUAACAGACCUUCAUUCCUCCGCGCCGGCUCCUACCUGCCCUACCACCCACCGGCCGCUACGCCCGACCACCCGUACCAAAAUCAAGACAUGAUCCAAUCCGUCACGGGCUCCCUCAUUAUCCCCACCAUCUCCAUGCCCAUUUCGGGUCCGACAGCCGGUAACUCAGUCGGGGAAUACUCGGCUUCGCUCUGGGUUGGCAUCGACGGAGCUUCGGCCACAGAUAGCUUCACCCAUCCCAUCGCCAACGCGACCUGUAACCCCCUGGCUGCCUCCCUGCGUGCGGGAGUCGACAUCUUUUGGGAUGGCACCCUAGGCGGUCAACAGACUCCGUAUGUCUGGGCGCAGUGGUAUCCCGCUGAGCAUGCCCGGGGGUUUUUGGAUUUCAAGGCUUCUCCCGGUGACGAGCUGCGGUUUACAGUUACCACGGGACCGCACGGGAACUCGGGCGGCGGGGUGUUGGUGGAGAAUUAUGGUCCGCCGCAGAGCCCUAAAGGGGUGGAUGGGAAAGUCAAGAUACCGAUUGCCACGGGUAGUUUGAUCUGGAAGGAUAUGCCGCCUUUGUGCUCGGCGCAGGCGAGCUGGAUUCUUGAAGAUUUUCCGUUGCAGGAGAGGCCGGAGCUGCCAAGUGCGUUGGGAAAUUUCACGGAUGUGAGGUUUAGUGAGAUGGGGUUUGCGACGUGGUUGGGAGGGAAUUUCACGGGGGAGGAUGUGCUGGGGAAGGACAAGUUGAAGUUGUUGGAGAUUUAUGAUGCUGGACAGGGUGGGACUUUGGCGAGAUGCAAGACGGAUGGGGAAGGGGAGAAGAAGAGUGUGGUUUGUAGCAGGGUUGUUGAGGCUUAGGAGUGAAAGGCUUGAAGGUCUAUUCUUGAUAGACACGGGUAAUUGGAGAUGAGGAAUGGAUCUGUUAGAGAAGACGGGAGUGAGAUUGUUCUUGCUCAGAAGAAUGAGGAGGAUAGAGGCAACUUAAUGUUAAUGAGUAGCAGAUGUCGUAGUGAA